AUGGAGCAUUUUGGUGAUCUAGAGGAGCAAGUCUCUAUCAGCAUUGACCAAAAUGAAAUCCCAGUUUCCGAUUCCAAAGAUGAUUCAUUUUCUUCUUCGGUUUUUGAGGAAUUUGGGAUUUUCAAAGGCAAUGGCUUGAGUCGAAUACAUGAAGGAAGCAAAUGUUACCAAAUCAUCACUGGUUGCGUUGCUCAGGGCAUGGGAAAGGACACGAAUGUUGCGGCCGUCCAUAAAAUCCCAUUGUCCGGUCCCAAUGGCCGGUUGGAAGCUUUCUGCAUUUCCUUAGCCGAGAUGGUGAAGAAAUGUGGAGGGAAUGGUAAUGCAAAACACGCGUGGUAUGGCGGAUCAAUGGCCGAAAUUUGUGGAAUUAUAUCCCAUGGAUUCCGAAGAUGUAGACAAUCGGACCAUGGUGAGGAUGGUUUUGGAGUACAUUUGUAUCCUUUGGAAUUCGUCAUGGAUGGUUUCACACGGCUUGAUUAUUUUCUUUCUGAAUUAAUACUGUGCAGGUUAUUGACAGCAAUCGAGGAUGACUAUGGGCUCCGGCAUCUAUUGCUGUGCAAUGUAAUAUUGGGGAAUAUGGAAGUAGUUCGGCCUGGUUCGAAACAAUUCAAACCAAGUUCAGACGAAUUCUAUUCUGGAGUUGAUCAUCUACCACGACCAACAAGGAUCAUAAUUUGGGAGGCUUACAUGAACUCUCAAAUUUUUCCCAGUUACGUAAUCAGUUUCAGGGCGCUCAAUGUCCGAGGUUUCGGAAGGGAUCAAACUCCUGUAUACAAGCCCACUACACCGAGUGUAGAGUUUUCUGUUCUGAUUCCCGAGCUGGCAAACGUCUUACCCCCUUCAAAAAUGGCGUUGCUCCAUAAAUAUCAAAGCGAGUUCCGUAGAAAAAAGAUCUCACGGACCCAAUUGAUCCAUAGAAUGAGGCAACUAGCUGGAGAUGAGCUAUUAAAUGAUGUGAUCAAAGCAAGGGAUUCCGAUGGUACUGGUGCUGCGUAACACUUGGAGGGAUGUAAGAGCUUGCCUUAGCGCUUGGUCUAUGACAAAAAUUCCUGCUGAUUGGUUGAGGAUUAGGCAGCAGUGGAAUGUAUAGUUUCUUUACCUGUUGUGGUUAUGUCUAAGAAUGUUCAGAUGUAGGUUUCUUGUA